UCUCCGAUCCCAGACCUGUAAUGGCUGAAACAACUCCGAUUGCCCACAAACCAACUCUCUUCUCUCCAUACAAGAUGGGAAGGUUCAAUCUCUCUCACAGGGUGGUGUUAGCUCCGAUGACGAGAUGUAGGGCGUUGAAUAGUAUACCGAAUCAAGCGUUGGUGGAGUAUUACAGACAGAGAUCAACCGAGGGUGGAUUUCUCAUCACCGAGGGGACGAUGAUCUCGCCUACCUCCGCCGGGUUCCCUCAUGUACCAGGUAUAUUUAAUAAUGAACAAAUUGAUGCUUGGAAGAAGGUGGUUGAUGCAGUUCACAAACAGGGUGCAGUCAUCUUUUGUCAAUUAUGGCAUGUCGGUAGAGCAUCCCACCAAGUGUAUCAACCAGGUGGUGCUGCACCAAUAUCAUCUACAAGCAAGCCCAUAUCGAARAAGUGGAGAAUAUUAAUGCCAAAUGCAACCUACGGUCGGUAUCCUGAGCCCCGGGCGCUGGCAACCCAUGAAAUAGCGGAGGUGGUGGAAGACUAUCGUCGGGCUGCCAUUAAUGCUCUUGAAGCAGGUUUUGAUGGCAUUGAAAUACAUGGAGCUCAUGGUUACCUACUCGAUCAAUUCAUGAAAGACGGCAUCAACGACAGAACAGAUGAAUACGGUGGAACACUAGCGAACCGCACCAAAUUCUUACUGCAGGUGGUUCAAGCAGUAGCUGCAGCCAUUGGUCCAGACCGAGUUGGUGUUAGAAUCUCACCAGCAAUCGACCACCUAGAUGCUGUGGACUCUGAUCCUCGCACCCUAGGCCUGGCAAUAAUCGAGAAACUCAACAAACUCCAAUUUGAAAUGGGGUCAAACUUAAGUUAUCUUCAUGUGACUCAGCCACGUUACACGGCUUAUGGUCAAACAGAAGCAGGAACCCAUGGAAAUGAGGAAGAAGUGGCUGAAUUGAUGAAAAUUUGGAGAAAUUCUUAUGUGGGAACUUUCAUAUGCAGUGGUGGGUACACUAGAGAGCUUGGGCUAGAAGCCGUGGCUAAAGAAGAUGCUGAUUUAGUGGCUUAUGGUCGGCUUUUUAUUUCAAACCCAGAUCUGGCUUUAAGACUCAAGCUUAACGCGCCCUUAAACAGGUACGUAAGGGCUAGCUUUUAUACCCAUGAUCCUGUUGUAGGGUACACUGAUUACCCGUCUCUUGACAAAGGCUCGCGCCUGUAGACGUAGUUUUCAUUAUAACGGUUAUCGGAUUGGAGUUUAUGCUCUAUUUUAUUAAUGUAAAAGUAUGCUAUUUUGCUAAUGUAAAUAUGUAUUUAAAAUCUUGACCAGAAAGGUCAAAACUUGGAUAUCUUUGUGAGAAAAUGUGGGUAUUCUAGACUUUACUCUGAUACCAUGUAAGAAUAUGUGAAAACUCCCGUUAGAUUACUCUUC